UUGCCUAGUCCUCCGGUUUCUGCUGUCAACCUGCCUCAGCUGUCGGCGCUAGCUAGCUCGAAGCCGGUGCAUAUCACCUAGUAAUGACUUCUAACACAAGUCUACCUCUGUGACAUUUGGUCAGUGAAAGUGUAACGUAAUCCUCGAAAGCCAUGGGGCUGCCGCAGAGUUCGUUUCUGUCGGACGGUGGAACUAAUAGCGGAUAUCAUGUCCACGGGGUUCAAGAAGAGUCACCUGCUCAGAAGGCUGGUCUGGAGCCCUUCUUUGAUUUCAUUCUCUCUAUUGGAAACACCCGGCUUAAUAAAGAAAGUGACUUGCUGAAGGACCUUUUAAAGGCCAAUGUGGAAAAAGCGGUCAAACUUGAAGUGUACAACACUAAAACCCAGCGGGUGAGGGAACUGGAGGUGACACCCAGUAACAUGUGGGGUGGUCAGGGCUUACUGGGUGCUAGCGUUCGCUUCUGCAGCUUUGAAGGAGCCAGUGAGAACGUGUGGCAUGUCUUGGAUGUGGAAGCAAAUUCUCCUGCAGCACUGGCUGGCCUUAAUGCACAUUAUGACUUUAUUGUUGGGGCUGACCAGGUGUUACAAGACUCAGAGGACUUCUUUUCUUUGAUUGAAGCCAGCGAGGGGAAACCUCUGAAGCUGUUGGUGUAUAACACACAGACUGAGCAAUGCAGAGAGGUGGUGGUGACUCCCAAUGGAGCAUGGGGAGGAGAAGGAAGCUUAGGUUGUGGCAUCGGCUAUGGCUACUUGCACAGGAUUCCGACACGUCCAGUGCAGCUUAACACCCAGAAUAAAAAUGUUAUUCAUCCAGCGGUCAGUAGCAGCAGUGAAGAGGGGGUUGCAGGUGACAGCACUGAGGUGCCUUCUAUGGCUGAAUGUAGGCCACCUACUGAAACAGACUUGAAUCAAAUCGAAGGAGGUGUGCAGGAUCUGAGUGUGAUCUCACCCACACAGCAGGCUGUAGAACCAGAUAUUUCCAACACACCCGAAGUGAUGACUUCAGAUUUGUCAGAUGUGGUUUCCUCUAAUGGUGAGGGCCACACCUCCAUGUUUGCUAAUUACGGAGAUGACUCGGGUGAUCAGUGUAGCCUGGACAACUCAUCUGUUGACCAAAGACCUUCAUCUCCAGAGAGGGAGGAAGAACCAAACAUUCAGGAAUCUGAGCAGAGGUGUGAUACAGACCCGACCACCAACACGUCUCCCACCUUAGAUCCUGCACAUGACAUUAGUGGCCUUGAAGCUACCACAGAGAACCUCAGCGUCACAGGUAACCCAGAGAUGCAAGAUUCUGGUUCCUCUAGCUCAGCCCAUAUUAUAAAGGAAGAGGUGUUGGAGCCUCCUGCGUCAGAAAUGUAAGAUGAUUACGUUACCAGAGAAUAAGUAACCUUCAAGCUAGUUUGCAUAACAGAAGAUUAAGAACACACCACGUUACAGGGAAGCUUCCGUUAUAAUUGUAUGUUGUAUCACUGGAAUUAUUUUCAAUUUCCAAGAAUUUUGGUUUUACACCAGUGCCAUUGCUGCAUGCUAAAUUGCACAUUUAAGAAUGAUAUUAUGUUGACAGGUAAGACUAGACAUACAGAUGGCUAAUGCAAUAUGAAUGUAUUCUAUAAUUUAGAAACACUGUAUGUUUAAACAUCAAAUGAGAUGAUUAUUUAGCUAAGUCCAGUUGCUGCUAAAAACCAUCCUAGUUUGCACAAAACAGACAACGGUAAAAAAAAAAAAGUAGUUUUGUUUCUCUUACUGUCAUCACCUUCCAAAUAGUUUAAAACACUGUAUACAAAGAAAGCUUGACCUGGAGUUCACAUAUAUCCAUCAUAUGGGUUUACUGUUUAGGUUUUUGGAAUUGCACUUUUAUGUUUCUGUGUCCUCGUAGGUAAAAAGAUUUUUUAAUCUCAGGCUUUUACCAUUUUAGCCUUUAUGACUUUUAUGUCUUGUUUGAAAUAUCUUCUUUUUUAUAUGCAAGUUUGACUUUUGAUUGGUGGAAUUGAGUGAGUUUUCUGUCUCUUCUCUUUAUGUCAAUUUUAGUUAAAUUCUGUUUUUGAUCUAUGUGGAAGGAUGAAAAUAUACAGAUAUUUAUAAAAAAGAUGCUCAAGAGAAA